AUGCUAGAUGUGUGUAGACGGCAGAUUGAGUCAAGUAAGUGUACAGGUUACGGCGGCGCAGAUCUAGUGAGACAAAAUACCUAUUUGAUUUCAGGCAAUGACAGUUACGAUCCUCACAAUUCUCAAAACGAAGAAUCGCAAUUUGAAAAUGACCGAAAAAACUUAUCAGAAUCGUUAAUCGGACAAUCAGGAAUAUAUCUACAAGAUCAAGAACUGCCAUUGAUUACAAACAAUUGCAUCAAGGAUGUAGAAACUAAUCAACAGGAUAACGAAAUUCUUCAAGCUGGAAACGAAAAUAUAGAAAGUGCAAAUGAGAGUGGAGAUAGUAGCCAAAUGGUUGAUAAUAUAGAUGAUGAUGUACAGGUAACUCAAAACGGAAGUAACGUCAAACCAUUUGCAGUUAAGAAAGUUAAAGAGCGCAAAAGUAAACGUAAUUUAGGAAUAAGUUAUUGUACUAUAAAGGGCAAAAUUAUUGAAUCCAGGAGACUUAAGCCCUUGAGGGACAACUGUAGAAAUAACUGUAAAGAUAUUUUAACGGAAGAUAUGGGGAAACAAAUUUUUGACGAGUAUUGGUCGUUGGGAAGUCAUGACCGUAGGGUGGCUUUUACUGCAGGAUUGAUAAAAGUCCAAGAAAAAAUGUGA